AUGUGGUGCCGACUAUGCCUCCGGCUGAAUAACUCCACACAAAAGUCAGCAUCCAAUCUAUGGCAGCCGCUUCGAACGUACGCCAAGCCUCCUCGUUCAGAAACGGCGUUCGAGCAGAAAAUCAGGGAAUCAGAUAGAGAACAUGCCAAAAACGCCCCAGCAUGGGUAAAGAGGGAACAGUCGCUCAAGAAAAGGUACGGAUCGUGGAAUCCAACCAGAAAGCUCACUAGGCAGCAAAUAACCGAGAUUCGUGAGCUCAAACAACGUAUUCCCACGAUAAAGACCGUGCAGAUCGCCGAUGUGUUCCAGAUCAACCCAGAGAACAUUCGAAGGAUCCUCAAGUCCAAGUGGACGCCCACAGAAGGUGAACUUGAAGAUAUCGAGAAACGCACGGAAAAGCGGAAGGCCAAAAAGCGGGAGACCAAGAGUACCGAGAAGGUUCGGGCUCCUAGGGCCUCUACGGUGGUCAAAGUGCAUGGCUUUCUAGCCCAGAGACAGAUAGAACAGCGGCAGUUGGUUGAAAAGACCCAGCUGAAGGGCCGCAAGAAACGAGACAACGAUAGACGGGGCACCUACACGAAAUCCGUCGGUGACCUUAUAGAUUAA